UCGCGGUCCCCCUCACCGUUCGCAAGACCCAAGAGUGCCGCGCAAUCCGAAGACGACAAGGAAUAUGAGCUGCGGAACAUCUCCCAAACCACAAGGCUGGUCACAAAGGACAACAACGCUGGCGAACGUGCUAGUGCACGGCGCAUCCUUCAAAAAGGUGGAAUUGGCCAAUUUUUGUUCGGCACUGCUGUGGGCUGGCGUGUCUACAUCGCCCUCUUGGUCUUCUGGGUUGGAGGUUGUCAGUUUGGCACCUUGCUCAUGAACAGAUUUAUACUCUGGACCGGCACAUACAAGUUCCCAUACCCGCUUACUCUGACACUGUUGCAACUCUGCAUCACUCAUGUCUUCUUGCUGGGCUUUGCUGCUCUGACCAGGGGUCUUGCCGGCCCCUUGAGAAGCAUCGGACUCGGUGCAAUUGUCGCUCCGUCGCAGGCGUACAACAAGGGCAACAGACCUACGAGAUAUACUGGAGGCUUGAAGACGAAGUCUAUCUUCACAAACAUCUCGCACUGGUUCCUGCACAGCUCUGGAGGCAUCGCUGGAGGCGGUCUGUUCGAAUAUCAGCGCAGCACGGUCAAGCACGUCUUUCCCAUUGCUGUUAUCUUUCUCGGCAAGACCGUUCUGUCCAACAUCUCCUUUGCCUAUGCUGUCAUGCCCAUGUACAUGAUCUCCAGGAUUGCCGUAGUUCCCUUCACUCUGAUCUUCACUGCCCUCUUGCUUCGCCAACAGCACUCGAUUCAGACCAUGUCAGCUGCCAUGAUCGCAACUUUGAAUCUGCUGAUGACCAGCCUUCGAUCUGGAGAACGCGAUCCUUGGGAGUCAGUCGUUGCUGGUGUCUCUAGUUCGCUCUUUGUCGCUCUAUAUCCCAUUCUUCUUCUUCGUGGUUAUCGACAGCUGGUCUCAGAUUUGGUGCCUCAAGGUAAUCUACUGAGCGUCACCGACUCGCAUGCUCCAACUGUUAGUACAGGCACCAAAGAGGAAACUCGCGCAUAUUGGAGAGUCUUGCAUUACACAUCUUCACUUACGAUUGCCAUGCUAAUUCCGUUCGUCAUCAUCUCUGGUGAGCUGAAGCAAAUCAAUCGCAACUGUUACUUCCUGGACGUACCCUGGUUCUGGUUUCUCAUGUCUUGUGCAUCGCUUGGCGGCUUUGGCAUUUUCUGUUCGUUCUUACUGCUGGUGAAAGCGACUUCUCCCCUAUCAGCGAACUUCGUUUCGCUUCCCAGGAGUGUCUUCCAGAUCGUGGUUUUGAGUAAGUUUAAGAUGCCUGCGCACAGCUGGGUUGGAGCUGGUCUUUGUACCCUUAGUUGUAUGUGGUACUGUCUUGUCAGGAUCAGAGAUGGAAGGGGUAGAGGUGGCUUU